ACUGUACACAACCUGCACGAGAGGAACAUUUCAAACCGUUCUACGGCAGUUAGUAUGUUCGGAAACUGUAACGUGCAGGUUUGUAUAACGGUCAGUGUUCGUAACGGUCAUUGUAUUUUAAAUGUAGCCAGGGCUUGCGAGCUAGCAUUGGAGCUAGCAGUUUACUGUUAAUGCUUUAAUGGCGAUAACAGUUGAUUUAUUUCACUUGAUAAGUGAAGCCUCGUCUCAGGACCUUGACGGUUGUAGGCAUUUAAUUUGUGAGCGGCUUUCUAAUAUCAGGAGGACAGUGUAGGCUUGUUUUAGAGAAGCCAGUUGACCUUUCAGUGGACGAGCGAGCAGCCUCUGUAGAAAACAGUAAUGUGACGACGUGUUGUGUGACCAGCUAGCAAUGGUGCAUGGACGGAGGAGCGUCAUCAAACCAGCAGAAAGAAAAGCCUGUGUGUUCAGCCAUCAAACAAAACAUGUCUUCUACUCUGCACUGACCAUUAAAAUGUAGGUGUGACAACUGUCAAAAAUCCUGUGUGACAGACUUUCUUCAGAGAGCUGGAUACAACCUCCACACGAGAUGGAAGACUCUCCUCACUUGUACAUCUCUGAAUUUGGAGACAAUGAGGAGGAGGAGGAGGAGGAGGAGGAGGAGGAUGAGGACGACAUUGAGGACGACAUUUAUCAAGAGGAAACUAACAUGGAAUCAGACAUGAUUACGUCACUCUACCAGGAUACUGAGAGGGACUCAAACUCUUUUCCCUGCCAGCACUGUGAGAGACAUUUUACCUCCAAACAAGGUUUGGAACGACACAUGCACAUCCACGCUUCCACGACCAACGAGGCACACGCGUACAAGAGCAGUAGGUCAUUUGGUUCAAACAUGGAACAGUCGCAGCAGGAGACGAGGAAGCCUCUGGAUUCAAUGGGCUCGGUCAUGCAGCUUCAUACUUCCCCCACUGGCUCUACUACUUCCAUAUUGUCGGCUGGUGACCUCACUGUUCAGCCAGACAAACCGGGAGUUUCAGAGGGGCGUCAUGCUUGCAAGUACUGUGAAAAGAUAUUCACUACGCAUACGAACAAGCGGCGACAUGAGCGCAGGAUCCACGAGCAGCACCUGCAUGUCACACAUGUGGAAAAAACCCAGCUGCCCCAAGAGGAAAAUCUCCAGAGGAUAUUCAGUGAAACAUUGCAACAGGAAACAGAGCUUGGUGACAUUAAAGCACCUGCCGCUGUUCUGGAGAGUGACGUGGAACACGUAGAACAAUACAUGCUAGAUGUCUCUAGCAAUAUUUCAGAGAAUCUCAGCUUUUAUAUUGAUGGAAAGAUAGUGUCAACAAGUAGAGUCAGUAGCUGUGAAAUGGCCGAGGUUCAUUCUGGGGCUUCAACUUUGGUUGGACUGGAUGCUCUGAUUCUAGACCCCACCCAAAUCAGCCAGGUUUUAAAUACAGAUUCAGAGAUACCCGGUCAACCACUGGCUAAGAGAAGAACUGCAACACCACCUCUUUUACCACAAAUUAAAACUGAACUGGAGUCUGAGGUGGUUGUGUCUUCUUCUUCGUCUUCACUUGUAUCUUCCUUAAUAGAGAAUCUUUUUCCUCAGAAUACCGAGUCUACAUUUGUGCAGAAGGAAAGAACUGUGUUUCUGUCCCCAAAGUUGAAGCAGCUCCUGGAGAAGCAGGAUGGCCUUAAACCUACCCUCGCCCUCAUCGCGGACGGCCAGAAGCCUUGUUCACCCGUCUCUCUCUCGGUCCUGCCUGCCGGAACAGGAAGGUUUAAAAGAAGGACUGGAUCUCCUCCACCAAGCUCGCCACAGCAAAGCCCAACAUCUAAAGAAGAAACACCAGAUAGUGGAGAUUGUGACGCUGUAAAUACAGGGCAGAUGGAGACACAACAUCGUUCAUCUGUGCACCUAACAGCCAAUGUGAAGGAUGACACAACUUCAAACGUGGAGGAGCCAGCAGUGACACCUUUCUUGGCAGAGAGCUGGCCCCCCACCGGCGGUAAUUCCUGUAACCAGCAACCACUGGAUCUAUCUAAUACAGUCAAAAGAAAUGAAGAUGUAACUUUAGCUGAUGCUGCGCUUGAUUUGAGUUUGCAAAAAACGACUGUAGGUGAAUCUGAGCUGACAUUCAAUUUAGUUUCACACGCAGUUUUGAGAGAAGGAAAAUCAAAUGCAUGCAUGCUGGAGACGGCCUUACUGAAUAUUGGAGAGCAAAAUGUAACCCUCGGGAAUCCUGAGACCUCUUUACUGACAGACUUCACCAUACUUACAGGUCCAGAUAUAAUGAGCCAAAUGGAGCCUAUGGCAAAGGGACUUGUUUAUGGACUUGCACUUCCCUCCAAUUCUCUGACUCCAUCACCUGCCUCCCUUACCCCUGUUGCCUUGCAGCCAGCUUCACCGUGCACUAUAACAUUUGCUUCCCCAGCUUCACACACAGGGCUCCCCACUACGCCUUCAUUAAUCACAGUUUUGGCACCAUCACAUAUGUCUAACCCUUCAAACCAACCAAUCCAGGUUUUAGCCCCAAAUAUAUCUCCUGAGCCCCUGGUAAUCUGUACAGAAAAUGCAUUCCAUUUUUCAGAGUGUGAUUUAACUACUGCAUUUGCCACUACCAAUUCUGCAAACCCUGUCACUCGCUCCCAAUCCCUUGACUCAACUCUUAAUCUACCUGGCCACAUGUUUCUCUCUGAGCAAAUGGCUCUCAACCCGCCUAUAGAUGAGUCCACUCUCUUGUCAGAAUUGCCAUUCUCGCCCACUGUAACUUUAAAUGAUUCCCUCAUCAACUCCUACAACAUUACCAGCAACACCGUGUUAAUAGAGUGCACAAUAGCUCUCGAAGCCCCAGGGAGUAUAGUCCCUGCUUCAGUUACCUUACAAGAAAACCCUGUUGAGCCUCCAGCACCUACACAAAUGGUUGUUAAUCACUUAGAACAGGAACAGAUUGCAUCAGUGCCCAACCCACAAACUGUGGACCCCACUAUUCUCAUGUCCUCCAUCACAGAAUCAGUAACUCUAUCCACCACCACCUCAGAGAGAUCUGAUUGUCUUCCUGUGGGGGAAUCAAGUCCUGACCCAGAGCUCGUUAAUGCAGAGCCACCAACCAUAAAAGAGGAGGAAGAUGCUGACAGUACUGUCUCCAUACCCAAAACCUCACCUCGUCAGAAAGCCGAAGAGGACGAAUCCUCAAACAACCCACCGAGUGAUGCGCAACAGCAGACUUUCACCAAGAAUUUCAUCUGCAAUGUGUGUGAUAAGCUGUUCCAUUCAAUGAAAGAACUGGGCCAUCAUGUAGGUGACCAUGCUGAUGAAUGGCCCUACAAAUGUGAGUUCUGCGUGCUGCUCUUUAGCAAACCCUCCGCUCUGCUCGAUCAUCGAUCAAGCCUCCACGCUGUCGGAAAGACUUAUGUUUGCAGUGCAUGUACAAAAGAAUUUGUCUACCUUUGUAAUCUGAAGCAGCAUCAGGAAGAAUUACAUCCCAGCCAGCAGUGUACAUACACAGAAGAUGAAAAGGGAAAACUAAGACCUCAGAACUAUAAUAACUCGACUAAAGUCAACACGGAGGCCUCAGCGCCCGACGCUGCAGAGGAACCCAAGAAACUGGUGAAAAAGGAAGAGGGGGAUGUGGCUGCUGAAGAACUGUUAACAACGAUAAAAAUCAUGGCCUCAGAUGGAGCCAAAAUCAAAGGGCCUGAUGUUCGUCUUGGCAUUAACCAACAUUAUCCCAGCUUUAAGCCCCCUCCAUUUCCUUACCAUAACAGAUCACCCGCUGGCUCAGUAGCUUCAGCCACAAACUUCACCACCCACAACAUCCCACAAACCUUUAGCACGGCCAUUCGGUGCACUAAGUGCGGAAAGAGCUUUGAUAACAUGCCAGAGUUACACAAGCAUAUCCUGACUUGUGCAAAUGCCAGUGACAAAAGACGAUACACGCCCAAAAGGAAUCCCAUCCCACUACGCCACUUUGCAAAAACUCAAAAUGGAGUUCUGUCUACCACUAACUCUACUAACGGACUAAAUGCUUCGAACAGACCCAGCCAGUCAAACAGGUCCAAACAUAACCAAGAAUCACCAGUAAAUGUGAAGUUCAAGGUGCUGAACAAAAGGAAGAAAAAGUUGGUCCAAAGGGUCAUGCCCCAGAGGAACAAGACCGUUCCUUCGUCAAAUAAAAUGUCACGUGCACAGGUGGAUGAGCAGCAGGAGAUCUUUGUCUGCCCACACUGUAGCAGGGAGUUCACAAUGCGCCGCAGCAGAACCAAACACAUGGCAGUCUGCCCCAAGAAACCUAAAGAGGUGAAUAAAAGGAAAGAAGGAGGAAUUUCUGUGACAAAAGAAAAUGAUGGACACCUGCAUAGAGGCGUUGAAGAGACACAGCAACCCUCGCCGCCGCAUAAAACCAGACUCCAGACUUCUGGCCCGGCUAAAAGGCCCGCCAUCCUACCUGUGCAAACUGUCCUAUCAAACAAAAGAAGUAAAAUAAUUAUAAAGGAGAGCGUGCAGCCAAAACAAGACACACCCACUCUGAAUGAACUUCCCAUUGUUCGCACUUUCAACCCCUCUAUGCGCCAGUAUAGCAGAGUGCAGCAUAGCGUCAAAGGCAUCCCCAUUAAAAUCACCAUCGUGAAACCACAGCAGGCAGCACCGCAGAGGGAUGAGCUGCCCCCCUCCCAGAGCCGAGAGGAAGCAGCCGGAGCCGUCACCAGCCGCUCCGAGCAGAGUCCGACAGUCUGAAGACAACUCUGCAGACACCGGGGAUAUUCAGGACCCUGCUGUGUGGAGCUCCACCUACUGGAGAUAACUGCUAAUCGUCACUGUAAAGCCCACGGACCCAGAUUGCAUCACACUGAACAAUAAAUAACUGGAAUUGAGGACGGAUAAAAGGGACGACUUAGGAUACUGCAGUGAGUGGAUGUAUUUAAUUGAGAAUUUGAAUGCUUUUGUAGUAGCUUGAAGUUUUGUAGAGCUCUCCUUCAUUUCAUAAACUUUCUGUCAACGGUUUGGAUUUGCACUUUGAAGUUAGUCUGACUGCUACAUGUCACGAAUUGGAAAGGAAGUGGGAGGAAUUGAGGCUGCAAGGCUGCUCUCAUUUCCUACUUGGGUUAUUUCGAGAGGAUGGCAGGUGGCAAUCAUUCUCAGCAUGCAUUUGCACUUUUCCUUAUCUGUUGUCUGUGGCCUUUUGGUUUGAACUCUUACUGCAUGCUGCUAGCUUGUACCUCAGCUAUACUUUAGGAUGGAUUAUGUUGAUGCAGAUAGGCCUUAAACACUGAAUCUGAUGUUGCUCUGUUGGUUUGAUUGACAAUAAUCAGUGUAAUUAUUUAAUAAUAACUAUUUUAUUUUAUGUUGAAGACGCAUCAAGAUUACUUCUAAAAUGCAGGACUACUAAAAUUCUUAACGUUAUCAGCACUGUUGAUUAUUAUUAUUAGGGAAGUCAGUGUUGUCAUUAUCGGUGUGAAUUGGUAGAUUUAAGGCUACAGUCUUUUCAAAUCAAAAUUGUAUAUAAUCUGGUUGGCCCAGUUGUGAUGUAUUUGUAUGAAAGUUUAGAGAAUAAUGCUCUUUACGUGCCCUUCAGAUGUACAGUAUAUAAUAUGAUUAAAUGUGGCAUAGAGGUGAUGAUGAAUAAACAGUUUGGUGAUUCCCACAUGUGGAAUUUAUUUUGGUGGCCCACCAAAAAAGGUCAAUUUGUUUGUCUCUUCAAACAUCUCGGUGGAACUGCAGAUUCCUUAAAACAACAACAACAACAACAACAACAACAACGCAUUGAUAUGUUAUCACAUUUUGAAAAAAGGGCUUUCCUACGUAGCGUCUCAUAGGUUGGAAUGUGGAGUUUAUGGGCCUCCACAAAUGAACAUUUUGGGAAACGGUUUGAUGUUUUGGCACUGCAAUCCCAAACAGAAGUACUAUAUAAUUUAUACCGCUUGGAUGCAUCAUUUCCACUUUUACAAUAAUAAGAGUUACAUUCUAAACCACAUUGACAUAGCCAACUCCAGAGCUUUGCCUCGCUGCAUUACUUCUGAAAUUCUAGCUUGUAAGCUUUAUUUUGCACCUGUUUUACAAAAUGCUUGUCAAACAUUGUGAUUUUAUUUCCACCAUUCAAAGACUAUAAAUCUUCAUAUUAGAAAUACAGUCUGCUUAGGUCUUUGCUUAUAAUCUGUUGUCAACAGUUUAUUGUGUAAAGUGUGUAAGAAUCACAAAUGGAAAUGAAAGAUGAGUUAUGGGGUAUUAUUUUGCUGGAACCCUGUAGUGACAUCGAAAUGUUUGUGACAAGAUGUCACUCAUCUCAAAGUGUGAUGAAUUGUAUCCAUUUGAUACAUUUUUUUCUAAGCUAAUAGUUUGAAGAUCCAGUGCUAUACAGGGUAUAUUUAAUUAUGAAUGAUAUGAUUUAUAUUAAUCUGGGCAAACUAAAACUUAACAAUGGCCUGUAUCAGAGAGAGAGAGAGUAUUGGUACCUCUAUUUUACAUGUUUGCCUUUUCAACCCUGGCUGGUAAUAUCUCCUUCAUUCAGACUGCAAUGUGUUGGAUGUACAGGACGGUUCGGGAGACUGUUAUUUAACUGUGAAAAGUGCUUGUAGCAUUUCAAAGUGUAAACUGAGUCAUGUAUAUUUAUUAAUAGUUUAAAAUCAUGUUAUCGAUAUCUGAACAGUUCCUCUGUAUGAUUUGCACUAAAGUUUUUUCAAGCGAGUGUUAAAAAUAAACGGAGAAUGUUAAGAUUAUGUGA